AUGCUGCUCACCAAGCUCCUCGCCAAGGCGGUCGCCUGGCUGGGCCAGCUGUUCUGCCUGCUCACCCUGGACAUGGAGUGCGCCUUGUUCAGCCACAGGGCUCCGCAGCCGUGGCCCAGGCGCGAGGUCCCCUACGUGCUGGACACGUCCUUCGCGCCCGACUACCAGCGGCGCAUCCUCCGCGCCAUGGACGCCAUCGAGCGGCGCACCUGCGUCCGCUUCCGGCCCCUGGGAGCGCAGACCACCUUCCUGGAGGUGCGCUCCAACCAGGAGUGGGAGUGCAGCUCCAACGUCGGCAUCAAGGAGGUCGGAAAGUCCAUCAUGACCGUGGACACCCGAGGGUGCGCCGGCCACCGCAUCCUGCUGCACGAGCUGCUGCAUACUAUCGGCCUGCACCACAUGCACCAGCGCAACGACAGGAACGACCACGUCCGCGUCUGCCGCUGGAGCAUCAAGCUCUACGCCGCCUGCAACUUCGUGAAGUUGUUCUCCGAGACGUACGGCCUGCCCUACGACCUGAGCUCCAUCAUGCACUACGGGAACCAGACGUUCGCCGUCGACAAGAACGCGUACACGGUGCUGCCGCUGCGCCCCUGGCAGGGGGACAUGGGCCCGAAGGACGACCUCUCGCCCGGGGACGUCGCCUGGGUCAACCGCGUGUACGGCUGCCGCUGCCACUACCUGGGCGACGACCUGCCCGGUGCUAUGCCCUACGAGGAGUGGCUCAGUGCCACGACCGUCAAGCAUCACCACCUCGCACCCGUCGACGCCUCCGAGUGCCGGUGAGCGCCAGGGCGCCCGGCGCUGCAGCACGAAGCGCCGCGUCCGGGAUUUUCCGAAAAUAUCCCAGCAGUCUCGAUCCGACUAUGAAUAUUGCGUGAAAUGACAAUUAUUGG